AUGUUUCUUCCUCUUUAGAAGUAGCUAGCUAGAGAGACCAAUGGAUUCAGCAAUAGACCUUGAGCCUCCUAAUUCACUAUCUUCUUCUGCUCCAUCUUUCGCCAUAAGACCUAAUAAUAAUAAUUAUCACAACUCCAGCUUCUUGCGAAGCAUCUCAACUAAAGAACCUUCAAAUUUCUCCAAAGAACUUUCCUAUAGCCCACCUCGCUUAAGCACUUCAGUCCUCCCUUCCAAUACAUGCCCUCCCCACUACAAUUCCCAGCCUUCAUCUCCUCGCCUUUCAUUCACACUUAACAACCCGUCAACAAAGUCAGUAGACGAUGAUCACCCCGAAUUUCAUCAAACGACUUAUAGGUGCAUUUCCUCCGUGCUUAAAAAGGACGGACAGAUCUUGUCCGUCGCUGUAUCCAACGGUCUUGUGUACACGGGAUCUCAAGCGAAUGUAAUACGCGUGUGGAAGUUGCCAGAGUUUACUGAAUGUGAUCAUCUUAAGACGAGGGCAUCGUCCAUGGUGAUUUCGUUGCAAGUGUCCAAUGAUAUGAUUUAUGCAGCCUAUGCUGAUUCUAAGAUUCGAGUGUGGCGUAGGACUUGGGAAGGUGUAAUCAAGCAUGUACGAGUUGCAAUUAUUCCGAAGGUUGGGAGUUAUGUCCGGAGCUAUAUCUCCGGAAGAGAUAAAAUGAUGAAGCAUAUGGGACCAAUAUCAUCACUAGCAAUUAACAUAUCAGAUGACAUCCUCUAUUCAGCUUCCCUUGACAAAACAGUAAAAGUAUGGCGAAUUUCGGACCUCAAAUGCAUAGAAACAAUCCAAGCUCAUAAUGAUCCGAUAAACGCCAUUGUUGUUGGUGAUGAUGGUGUUCUUUAUACUGCUUCUGAUGAUGCCACGGUCAGAGUAUGGCGUCGUAAUUUCUGUAGUGGAGAUAGGCCACAUUCCCUCACUGUUACCUUACCAGCAAAAUGUUCACCAGUAAAGACAUUAGCCUUAACAACUGAUGGUGGGGUGCUUUAUGGAGGGUGUAGUGAUGGUUACAUUCAUUAUUGGCUAAAAGGUUGGUUUUCAGGGCAAUUGCAAUAUGGGGGUGCACUUCUUGGACAUACACAUGCUGUUAUGUGCUUGGCUAGUAUGGCUAAUUAUUUGGUCAGUGGAUCAGCUGAUUCAACAUGUAGGGUGUGGUUAAGGGAGCAACAAGAUUGUCAACAUGUUUGUGUGGCCAUUUUGCAAGGCCAUAGAGGGCCUAUUAGGUGUGUUGCCGUGUUCCCUAGACCAGUGAACGAGGAGAGUGAAGAUGGUUGCACCAUUUGCACAGGAAGUCUUGAUGGAGUACUCAAGAUGUGGCGUGUGAGACGCACCAGCAUUAGCGAUAAGGGCAAAAGUUCUUCACAGAAUGCUUGCGAAUAUUUUGAGAUCGCUUAAAUCUGGACACCCUUUUAUUGUUCUUGCAAGAUGUGUUGUUUCUAACCACAGACGGAUCCAAGAUUUUAAAUAAAUCAUCGACUGUCCAAUUGUUUGUGAUAAUAUAUAGGUACAGAUUUGCCCUGUUUUCAACUUUAAAGAUCAGAGUAGAAGUGGCCAAUGAAUUCUUUAUACCCUGUCCACACAGAUUGAGAUCCAGCAACAUAGCAACUAGCAAGUAAAUAAAUAUUCUGAUACUCUUUUUAUAGUUAAUCUUCCUUUUAAUUUGUAUUGUAAUAUCUAAAUUUACUAUCAUUGACUUUGUAAUUCAUUCUAUAUACUUUUUCCUAUUUUUACCA